AGCUGCUCUGAUGCAUCUUCAGUCCCUCCAUCAUUCACCACUUUUACUGCAUCUAUGAUGUAUGACACGCCAACAUUUGUGCUCCUAAAUGACACAAGAGGAAAAGUUCAUGUGUAUGAUGGCACCUUUUGCUGUCACCUGCAGUACUUGAAAUUACCACAGAGUGGCAGUAGAGAGUUAUACGCAUUAGGAGCAUUUGCAGGAACUCACCUUGUAAAUGGACGCUACGCCCUGCAGGUACAAACUAAAGGCUUUAUGGACAAGUAAAACUGCUUUGCAACACUUCUAUCACCUUUAACUUUUCCUUUUUUUACAGGUGUGUGCCCUCGUCUGUUGUGCUGGGUCGGACCAGAGCUCCUGUGGGCAGAUAGUAGAAGAAGCUGAGACUAAAAUGGACUUUAUAUUGGAGGGACAGUUUGAAACCAAACAUGUGUACCCAUCAGUUUUGGCGAGUAAGAUGGUUUUGGAGGAUCCAAAGCAUUUUAGAAAAUCUGCAGAUGGAAGAGUGACUUUAAAACACUCAGACAUGACUGCUGGACUGGUGACCGCCUGCCUGUACGGACGGAUGUAUCACCUGGGGGAUAGUAACAUGAUUUAA